AUGGAAGCCAGCAAGACUCCCAUCAAGCUCGUCAAGGUGACCCGCGUCCUUGGCCGAACCGGCUCGCGUGGUGGUGUGACUCAGGUCCGCGUUGAGUUCAUGGACGAUACUACCCGAUCGAUCAUCCGCAACGUCAAGGGACCAGUCCGCGAGAACGACAUCCUCUGCCUGCUUGAGUCCGAACGUGAGGCCAGGCGGCUGAGAUAA